AAUGAGAAGAGGGGGCGGGGCCGCGCACCCGCCCAGAAGCGGCGGAGGCGGGGGGGCAGAGCGAGGGACUGGAGGUGGCAGAAGCUCACAAGCGAUGCUGAUCUGACAUCCCAGCAACCUGCCUGCAGCACUCCUCCAGCAGCAGUGUGAGCUUCCUGGGGCUCUGCAGUCUAGACCUGGACUGACUACCUGCACCCCAAGAGGCUGACGGUCGCUCUGCAAAAGAAGAGCGGGAGGCCGAGUCGUGGGAUCCCUGGUCUCUGCCACGUGUGGAUAAUCGGCAGGGGGGAAUAAAGCGGAAUUAAAUGGGAGAUCACUGAAGGCGGCUGCUGGCGGCGUGGGCUGCAGGGAGACGGCAGAGCUGUCUUCAGCACCUGGCCAUGGGGCUGCACAGGGCUACCUAAGAGCCCCACCUUUCCACUCACAGCAGUCCUCUUCUGUCCUGAAGGAAGAAAUCCAGGUGAAGAAAGACCAUGCCUUUGUUUAGUAAAUCGCACAAAAAUCCUGCUGAGAUUGUGAAAGUUCUGAAAGAAAACAUGGCCAUAUUGGAAAAACAAGAAAAAAGGACAGACAAGGCAUCAGAGGAAGUGUCAAAAUCUCUGCAAGCAAUGAAGGAAAUUCUGUGUGGGACCACAGACAAAGAGCCACCUACAGAAAUCGUGGCCCAGCUGGCGCAAGAGCUAUACAACAGUGGCCUUCUAGUGACGCUUAUUGCCAACCUGCAGCUGAUAGAUUUUGAGGGCAAAAAGGAUGUUUCCCAGAUAUUUAACAACAUCUUGAGAAGACAAAUCGGCACAUGCAGCCCUACAGUGGAUUACAUUAGUGCCCAUCCACAUAUCCUAUUCAUGCUUCUAAAAGGGUAUGAAUCCCCAAAUAUUGCCUUACGUUGUGGAAUUAUGCUGAGAGAGUGUAUCCGACAUGAACCCUUGGCCAAAAUCAUACUCUUUUCAGAACAGUUCCGAGACUUUUUUAAAUAUGUAGAAAUGUCAACAUUUGAUAUUGCUUCUGAUGCCUUUGCUACAUUCAAGGACCUCUUAACACGACACAAAUCGUUGGUGGCAGAAUUUCUGGAGCAAAAUUACGAUCCGAUCUUUGAGGAUUAUGAAAAACUCCUCAACUCUGAGAAUUACGUGACAAAGAGACAAUCUUUGAAGCUGCUGGGUGAACUGAUUCUGGACCGACACAACUUUGCCAUCAUGACAAAGUACAUUAGCAAACCAGAAAAUCUGAAGCUGAUGAUGAACUUGCUGCGAGAUAAAAGCCCCAACAUUCAGUUUGAAGCAUUCCAUGUGUUCAAGGUUUUUGUGGCCAGUCCAAACAAAACACAGCCUAUUGUGGAGAUCCUGUUGAAAAACCAACCCAAGCUAAUUGAGUUUCUGAGCAAUUUCCAGAAAGAGAGGACUGACGACGAACAAUUCACUGAUGAGAAGAACUACCUGAUUAAGCAAAUCCGAGACUUGAAAAAGCCGACAGCAUGAAGAACUCCUCUUGUUUUCCACUGUAGACAUUAAACUGAGUUGUUAACUUC